CCCGCUCCGUGGCUCCCGCGCUCCUGGCGAGGCUCAGGCGCCGAGCGCGCAGACGGGCGCACGGACAGACGGCCCCGGGGACGCCUCGGCCCGCGCCUCCCGGGCGGGCUAUGUUGAUUGCCCCGCCGGGGCCGGCCCGCGGGAUCAGCACAGCCCGGCCCGCGGCCCCGGCGGCCAACCGGGACUAUGAACCGGAAAGCGCGGCGCUGCCUGGGCCACCUCUUUCUCAGCCUGGGCAUGGUCUACCUCCGGAUCGGUGGCUUCUCCACAGUGGUAGCUCUGGGCGCAAGCAUCAUCUGUAACAAGAUCCCAGGCCUAGCUCCUAGACAGCGGGCGAUCUGCCAGAGCCGGCCCGACGCCAUCAUCGUCAUAGGAGAAGGCUCGCAAAUGGGACUGGACGAGUGUCAGUUUCAGUUCCGCAAUGGCCGCUGGAACUGCUCUGCACUGGGAGAGCGCACCGUCUUUGGGAAGGAGCUGAAAGUGGGGAGCCGGGAGGCUGCGUUCACCUACGCCAUCAUUGCUGCCGGCGUGGCCCAUGCCAUCACAGCUGCCUGUACCCAGGGCAACCUAAGCGACUGUGGCUGCGACAAAGAGAAGCAAGGCCAGUACCACCGGGACGAGGGCUGGAAGUGGGGUGGCUGCUCUGCCGACAUCCGCUACGGCAUCGGCUUCGCCAAGGUCUUUGUGGAUGCCCGGGAGAUCAAGCAGAAUGCCCGGACUCUCAUGAACUUGCACAAUAACGAGGCAGGCCGAAAGAUCCUGGAGGAGAACAUGAAGCUGGAAUGUAAGUGCCACGGCGUGUCAGGCUCGUGCACCACCAAGACGUGCUGGACCACACUGCCACAGUUUCGGGAGCUGGGCUACGUGCUCAAGGACAAGUACAACGAGGCCGUUCACGUGGAGCCUGUGCGUGCCAGCCGCAACAAGAGGCCCACCUUCCUGAAGAUCAAGAAGCCACUGUCAUACCGCAAGCCCAUGGACACGGACCUGGUGUACAUCGAGAAGUCACCCAACUACUGCGAGGAGGACCCGGUGACCGGCAGUGUGGGCACCCAGGGCCGCGCCUGCAACAAGACGGCCCCCCAGGCCAGCGGCUGUGACCUCAUGUGCUGUGGGCGUGGCUACAACACCCACCAGUACGCCCGCGUGUGGCAGUGCAACUGUAAGUUCCACUGGUGCUGCUAUGUCAAGUGCAACACGUGCAGUGAGCGCACGGAGAUGUACACGUGCAAGUGAGCCCUGUGUGCACACCACCCUCCCACUGCAAGUCAGAUUGCUGGGAGGACCGGACCGUUUCCAAGCUGCGGGCUCCCUG